AUGAAUUCUGUAACGUUCACAAGGGCUUCGAUUGCUCCAGUAGUUGGCAUGAAUAGCACGAUGUCUUCUAAUACAAGUAAUGAUCACCGGACGCCUGCGAAGGAAGCCAGUAUGAAUAUGUUUAAUGGUAGCUCGGGUACAGGAAAACUGCCAUAUCGCCACAUAGAUGAUUUGGUAUCGGUUGGCGUCGACCUCGACCCUCAUACCCCCCUACGAAAGAUCCUCGAGCUUGGAGAUGCCCAUAUGCGACAGGCAACAACCUAUAGCGAUUUCCGCCGACCUGAUCUAGCUUUGCAGGAGUACAUCAAAGCAUUUACAAUCGCUGUCGAUAAAGUACCCAAACACAAAGAUUAUCCCUCUAUGAGUUCGGACCGCGGAGACUUGAACCGCUUAUACAAGGCCCUCAAGAUGAAAAUAAAUACCAAUGGAGCUACUUUCGACAAGGUUAAGGAGGAAAUCAAAGAGGAUAAUAGGCGGAGUGGUGUGCAGCCAACAAUAUCUUCUAAGCGUCCCUCGGAACUCGCCCGCUUAGACUGGCCCGGCCCAUCUUCGACGCUGCAGCAGGUUCAGGCGAACUAUUCUAUAGGCCCCCAAAAUAAUGGACUUAAUGAAGUAGAAGCUCUAAAUAGAGUUGAUAUUACAGACAAUGCUGGCGGCAAUGCGACUGGGGGACGUAAGCCAAAGCCAACUAUACUACCAAAGCCACAAGCAUUGCAUGGAAAAGCUAUUAAGCAAGCCCCAAAGGACGCCCCCGAAGAUCUUGCAAAUAGAUUUGCGCGGUUGCGUGAUACUCAAAAGCCUCGAAAUACCACUAAAGCGCUCGACCAGGCCCAAUCGGCCGGCACUGAAGAGUCCACCCCAAACCAGACGUUAACUUCAGUUGAUACAUCUAUAUUAAUGAUGCCAAAGCUUCCGGAAGCCAUCUAUAGUCCAGCGAGAGGUACCGUAACCAGCGAGAUCGCUAACCUCCCAUCCAGCACUCCUCGUGGUAUGUUCAGUAGGACAAAUUCGAUCACCUCGACCCCCAGUGUCUCAGCUCGCAUAUCGACGGAAAACGCCAUCAGAGCCUUUAGCAAAGAACAGUUUGUGGCGGCCCAUUCUUAUCGGGUCCCCCAAACCUCAGGUACGCCAACGGAAUUUCAAAUUCCAGACGGUGACGACAUCACAGCCGAAACACUUGCAGGUCUCAUAAACCAGUACCCACAGAUUGACGUUUUGGUAAUUGAUGUUCGGGAUCGUGAGUCUUUUGAUGAGGGGCAUAUCAAAUCAGCCAAGACGAUUUGUAUCGAGCCUGAGAUUCUUAUGCGAGAGAACAUAUCCGCAGAUGAGCUUGCUGAUAGCAUGGUUCUUGCCCCUUCAAGUGAGAGGCUCGCGGUUGAGCAACGUGACAAGGUUGACUUGGUGGUUAUCUAUGAUCAGAAUAGCGCUUCAAUAUCGUCUAGGAUAACUGGAAAUUCUUUAGAAAUGGUCCUGUACAAUAUCCGACAAGCCCUGUCGUACUAUAGCUAUAGCCGACCGCUCAAACGCGCCCCAAAGCUGCUAAGCGGUGGUCUUGACUCGUGGGUGGACGAAUUUGGGGAGCAAUCUCUUGAGAGUUCUGAGACUGUGUCAAACUACGUGUCUUCAAGCGCGGCUUCGAGGCGAAGGUACGGCGACAGAAGACGAACCCCCAAGACCAAGGACCUUGAUCAAGAUGAGAUUCAUCGAUUCGAGGAAAUAAUAAAAAGUGACCAGAUAGGACUUGACAAUUUCGACUAUGUCAAAACAAGGGAAGACUUUAUCCGUCGUUAUCCUAGUAUAACGGGCGACCCCGAAUCUAUGACUUCUAUCAAGGAGGACUUGGAUUCGCAGGAAGACUUCCUGGCCAGCAUAGCUCCCACUCCCCCUAAGCUACCGGCACCUGCAAUCCCAAGAACUAGGUAUAGUGGCUUAGAAUCUAAGGAUGACGACUCGGGUAUUGGUGGUAUUGCCAUGACAGUACAAUCAAGACCCGCACGACGGUUAGAGCUUGGCCAAUACGUGUCUGGACUCAGGAACCUUGGAAGUACAUGCUACUGUAAUUCAACCCUACAGGUAUUACUUGCUUCACCUGGGUUCGCCACCGGUAUACUCGAAGAUGAAUUUCCUCAGCUUUGGCGUGAAGCACGCGAAGAAACGGGCAAUAAUGAGCCUGCUUCAGCACAGCUACUGUCCAAGCUUUUAAAAAUGACCUUGGCAUGGAUGGCCAAGAAGCGGAUGGACAUAGUGACGCCUAAUGCACUUCUGCAAUAUAUGCGUUCUGUCCACGUAGGAUACGGCGUUGAGUAUGGCAGGAUUAUCAAGCUAGGCGAUCAGAACCAACAUGAUGUCGAUGAGCUGUAUGCUUUCAUGUUUGAACAAAUCGCAGCUGAAACAAGUGUGAGCCGCCGUUUCCUCACUGCCUUACGUAGUGUCAAGGUACCGGAGGGGACCGGCCCAGUUGUUAAAGCAAUGGUGAAUCAUUAUAAAAAACAGUGGGAGGAUCCAAUUACUAACCCUCAAAACUUUAUUGAUGCCCAUUGGUCGGCGUUUGAAGUGAUGGAACGAACAUGCGUUACAUGUGGCUCCAUUUCGUAUCGGCGAGAUGCAGUCCGUUUCUUCCCAUUGUCACCUGAGAUUCCAGGACGUCGAGGACGUCGAUCGGUUCACCUUGAAGACAUGUUUGAAAAAGAGUUUGGUUCCGAAUACGUCGAGGUGGACUGUGACAAAUGUAAGGAAUUAAAGCACCCUCAAAGAGGCGGUAAUCGUAUAAUCAAAAUGGCAAAGUUGCCUCGCUUGAUGCGCGUAUAUAUAAGAAGACAGGGGAAAGACUUUAUCCGAAAAACUCACGUUCAUGUCACCUUCCCCCUUGAGCUUAACUUACAGCGUUGGAGCUGGGAUCCGGAGCAGCGAGAAGAGGCGGCUGCAAUUCUAGGUCCCAAUUUUAACGACGGCUUCGAAGCUCCUGCUCAGUACGAGCUCUACGCCAUCCAAGUACAUAUUGGCGAAAACCCCACCUCAGGUCACUACUGGUGCUGGAUUAAGGCCCCGCAGGAAGACACAUGGAUUAAAUGUAACGACACGGCCAUAACGGCGUACUCCGGGAAAGCGUGGCAGCAGCAGCUCAAUAGGAUGUACAGAUGCUACAACAACGAAACACCCGUCCAUAUAUACUAUAAACGCGUAGAUGUUCCUUACCCUUGGGAGGAGGAAGAGUGGGGAUACGACAAUCCUGAGGUUGCCUGA